AAGGUUCGAAGCUUCCCGAGUCACCGGCGUUGCUCUCUCUCGAAGGCCGGAGCGGCGCUGAAACCCUAGAGAAAGAUGGCGCUAUGGAUGGAGCAAGGAUCGGAGCCGGUGACGGAGAGCGAGCAAGCAGACCUUGCCGCCAUCGCCGCCAUCAAAGAGUCCGCUGCCGUCGAGCUCAAGGAGAAGGGCAACAAGUUUGUCAAGCUUGGCAAGAAGCACUACUCGGAUGCCAUAGACUGUUAUACCAAAGCUCUUAACCAGAUGGCUCUGAGCGAUUCCGAACAUGCCGUUCUCUAUGCCAAUCGAGCUCAUGUGAAUCUACUGCUUGGUAACCAUAGACGUGCUCUUGAAGAUGCUCAAGAAGCGAUCAAGCUCAGUGCCACGAAUGUUAAGGCAUUCUAUAGAGCAGCUAAAGCUGCAUUCUUUUUAGGAUUGUUAGUGGAGGCAGCUUCAUACUGCCAAAGUGGACUUGAAUUAAACUCUGAGAAUGAGGAGCUGAAGAAAUUAUUUCUGCAAGUUAAUGCACGCAAGGAAGAGCUUGAGAAGCACAAUGCUUGUGUUUCUAAGGUUGUUUCUGAAGCCAAGGAACUUGCAUCUGUGAUUGAGAAUAGAGGAUAUAAGCUUGGGAAGCCAAUGUAUCGAGAGCUUAUUGGGUCUAAGAAACCGAUAUUGGAUAAGAGUGGGAUUCUUCACUGGCCUGUGGUGCUUCUUUAUGCAGAGGUUAUGUCAAGUGAUUUGAUCGAGGAUUUUUGCGAGACAGAUGUGUUUGCAACUCAUCUUGAUAUGAUGUUUUCAGAAGAUUCCCCACCACUAGAAUGGGAUAAAAAACAUGCUUACACACGAAAUGCUGUCGAGUUGUACUAUCAGGUUGGUAGCGGGGCUCUUAUGUCUAAGAAGGAGAUUCUUCGACAUCUUCUUGAGGGGACUGUCGCUUCUUCAGAAGCUCUUUGUGAGGAUGAUAAUGAUGCAGAGCAAUCCCCACACACAAUAAUCUCAGCAAGUUCUGGUAAAUGGGUCAAGGUUAAUGAAAAGAAAACGCUGCACAAUGUCCUGGAGCAACCUGAUUAUGUUAUCCCGGGGAUUCCAGUGUUCUUUGUUGUCUCAAAUCAGUCCAACUUCUAUAAGGAUUUCACUUCUGGCAAGUGGUCUUCACCUUAAACCUUCAACCUUAUUGACUGCUAGGUGAGUUACACUGCCAAGGCUAUCAAUUGCUGAAAGCCAUUAUGCUGUAUCAAUAUGUAUGCAUAGUGUAGAGAAGUGUUAAUCUAUUAAUUUUUCCAGAUAAUUAGGCUUGUCUAUUUAUGGGCUUCUGUUAUUUUAAGACCAGUGGUCAACCAUAAGUUCUAUUUUUUA